UAUUUAGUAUUUUAGUGUGUAUUGUCACUUCAGUUUAGUAGUUUAGCUUUAGCUUUACAAAUUAAAACUUUUUCGAUUUGUUUUUCUACGGCGUACGGAAUUGCACUUUUUGCCCUAUAAAGGCGUUCGAAACGACGGUUACAAUUUUUUUAUAUAAAAUUUAAUUUACAUUAGUGCAGUUAUUUGAAAAUUUGUUUUGUUUAAUUUCUUGAAAUGGAUAAAUAUCGGUGAUAUUAUAAAAAUUAUGUGUAUAUAAUAUUGUACAAUAUGUAAUGGAUUGUUAUAAAAGAAUUUUGUGAUUUCAUAAACUUUUUAUUUAUUUGCUUUGUAGAUAAGAUAUUAGAUAACGGAUUGAACGAAAAUGACAUAGGUACUUCAUAUUUUAACUAUUUAAGGUGACAUAACUUGUAAUCCAACUCUUAAUUAUUUAAAGGUCGUGGACAAGUGCUACUGUGCUAUUGUAGAAAAAAUGUCUUACAAACCGGUUACACACGUAUUAUUUGAUAUGGAUGGAUUAAUACUGAAUACAGAAGACUUUUAUAUGAUAGGAUACCAAGAAGUUGCUUCUAGAUUCAAUAAAAACUUUACUUUCGAGUUGAAAUGUAAAAUAAUGGGUAAACAGACCCAUGAAUUAGCUAGUUCUGUCAUAAAUGAGCUCAAUUUACCAUUGUCGGUAGACGAGUUCAUUGUUGAGACAAGAAAGAUUUUUGAUAAAUUAUUUUUACAAUCGAAAGUAAUGCCAGGUGUUGAGAAACUUCUUCGUCACCUGCAUAAACAUAAAAUCCCAAUGGGUCUAGCGACAAGCAGUAGUGAGGAAACGUACAACUUGAAAGUUAAGAAUCAUCAUGAUAUUUUUGAAUUGUUUACGUAUAAAACAUGGGGAUCUUCAGACCCCGACGUGAAAAGAGGAAAACCUUACCCCGAUAUAUUUUUUGUAGCUGCCGCUAAGUUUCCCGAUAAACCAAGUCCAGAUAAGUGUUUAGUGUUCGAAGAUUCUAUAAAUGGUGUUAAGGCGGCAGUAGCGGCUGGUAUGCAAGUGAUAAUGGUACCUGACCCACGGCUUAACCGCAAACUUGCAUCUGAGGCAACACUUAUAUUAAGCUCUAUGGAGGACUUUCGACCGGAAGUGUUUGGUUUGCCGGCAUUUGAUGACAUAAAGAGUGAAUGAAGUAACUGUAGUCGUAGAAGAUUUUACACCUGAAUAAUUAAAAGUUUAUGUACCGUGUACGAAUUAUUACAUAAUUUGUAAUAAUUCAAUACUUACUCAUUACUUACACUUGUAAUUACGAAAUACAGAAACAUAUAAAAAAGCGUUUUUUGUUAUGGAUACUAC